AUGAGUAGAGUACUCAGAAGAACACCAAGUUCAGGAACAAUGCAAAGUAACAUUUCAUCAAUCGAAGCUCCCAGUAUAAUGAGUGGAAAUACACUAAAUCGACCAGCUCAAGCAUCACAAUCAUUAUAUCCCUUAUGUCGAGAUCUUUUAGGAAGACUUUAUUGUGUGGAAGGAUUUGAACAGUAUUUAUUGCAAGGACAAAGAACUAUGCCGAGUAACGGCUCAUUAGUUGGAACUCCGACAUCAGAAAAUGGCCCUAGUAGUUUAGUUCUUAAAUACGAUCCUGUAACGCUUCUAUGGCAGACUUUUCGGUUAGGUUAUCCUCUUUGUGCGCUUUUUAAUGCUUUGAACCCUCAAGAACCAUUAAGGAUUGAUGAUUCAAAACCUGCGAAAGCUAGUGUAUAUAACUUUUUGGUUGCUUGUCGGAAAGAAUUUGAAUUAAAACCAGAACAAGUGUUUUCAAUCACACAAUUGUAUCAAGAUGAUACGAAUGGUUUCGUUAUGGUCAUUAAUACAGUAAAACUAGUAACUGAUAAAAUUGAAGAGAAAGGUCUUCUUAAUUUAUCUCGAAAGAAAGAUUUGGUAAGAUCAGAUCCCAUGAAACCCACUGAUAAUCGAGCCAGGGUAGUGCAUGAAUUAUUAGAAACUGAAAGAAAAUAUGUUCAGGAUAUGGAAGUUUUACAGAAUUACGCUAGAGAGCUUCAGAAUCAAUACAUUGUUAGCGCAGAUACCAUUCAUUUACUCUUCGCUAACCUCAAUCAAUUAGUUGAUUUUCAACGCCGUUUCCUUAUUGGUGUGGAAGCUACGUCUAGUGCAAGUCCGGAAGAGCAGAGUUUUGUUUAUGAACCAUUCUGCGCAAAUUAUCAAUCUGCUUCAGACCUGGUUAUUCAAGAACUACCGAGCCUUCAAAAAUUAGCUCAUAUUGUUGAACCAACAUAUGAGCUACCAUCAUUAUUAAUUAAGCCUAUUCAACGUAUUUGUAAAUACCCAUUAUUAUUGCAGGAAUUACUAAAAUUUACUGAUAAAGAGGAUAUACAUUAUGAGGAAAUUAAAUGCGGUCUCAACGCAAUCAAACGUGUUGCUGAUCGUGUAAAUGAAACUCGACGUCAACAAGAAAAUGCUGCCGUUGUUAAAGAUUUGGAACGCCGUGUAGAAGAUUGGAAAGGUCAUCGAAUUGAGCAAUUUGGUGAACUUUUACUUGAAGAUGUAUUCACUAUGUCUAAAGAUGAUUCUGAGCGCGAAUAUCAUGUAUAUUUAUUUGAGAAGAUUCUACUUUGUUGUAAAGAAACAAAUGCAAAAAAACAACAAAGUAAAUCACAACUUCUUAAAAAUAAUAAUCGAAAAUCUAAAAGAGCUAGCUUGCAAUUAAAAGGAAGAAUAUUUAUACACAAUAUUACCGCUGCGGUAGACAACAGUCGGUCUGGAUGUGAUAGUGAGAUGGAAUCUUUCUCUCUCAAAUGUCGAAAUGAGGAACAACUUAAACAAUGGAAAUCCACGUUAGAAAAAUUAUUAACAGAUUCAGGAAAUAAUAACAAUCGACAUACUAUGACGAAAGGACAAUUCGAUAAUAAUGCAACUACUCCCUCGAAACGCACCGGGCUAAAAAGUCAAUCAUUACCUUAUGGUCAAUUACCUUCUUCAUAUCAUGAGAAGGGUAGACCGAAAACCAAUGAUUCUGUAGCACCACCCCCUUAUGCUUGGGAUCCAAAUUCACCACCAAUACCACCCGUUAUGCCAAAUUCACAUUUGCAACAUCGAUCACAAUCAAGUUCAUCACUUCAAACUAUGGCACGUAAUGGACUUUCAACCGCACCUCCAACCAUGGCUACAUUCCCCUCAAAUGCAAUUAUGCAGAUGGAAAAUACGGGAUACUAUCCGAAUUCUCCACCACCAUCGUAUCCUGGUUCACCAGCUCCAUCUACUCGUAGUAGUGCGACAUCACAUUCCAGUUCUAAUCAUAUGAGUAUAUGGCAACGUAGAAGUGUUGAACAUCCAUCACCUCUUGCAGGUACUAUUGCCAAAUUUAUGAUGAAUGAAGACGAAGAACAGAAUAAUAUUCAUCCACCACCAAUCCAACGUUCUCAUUCUCAUAGUGCAGCCGCAGGUCAAACAUUUCAGCAAACUAAUGGACCUGUACCAAAUGUGCCAACUCAUAAUGUCGUAAAUCGUCUACGAUCACAAAGUAGUCCAAAUAUCCAAGCCAUUCAGGAAUUACAACUUGAAAAUAUGGCGGAACCUGUGCCUAGUAUUCCAAAUUCUAGCAAUCCGGCACGUCAAAAUGUUAAUAAUGGGCUUCAAUCAAUAGAAAUAGAACAACGAAAUAUGAACUUUGCAGAUGAUGUCUUUGUGAUAGUUGUCCCUCAAGAUAUUGAAUACAGAGAGCUAUGUGAUCGUGUAGAACGGAAAAUACGGUUAUGUUCUACACGACGGGACGAAAGUGUUCCCAUUCGAAUCAGAUACCAAGAUGAGGAUGGUGAUCACAUCACAAUUAAUUCUGAUGAAGAUGUUUCAAUGGCAUUCGAAG